AGAGACACUCGCGAGUCUUCCCAGUCGCGAAGACCGUCAGUCGCGCCGAUCGUUACUGGCACGUGCCAAUAUUUAAGAUAACAAAUAUCGCUUUGCGCGAGUGCCCCUACACUUGAUAUCGCGAUUGUGUUCCACUUGCGACGUUCUUCUUUUUCCGCGCAUCGCGAAAAAGUCAGAAACAUGGCAACUGCCGAAACGUGCAAAAUCAAAUCGACGAUCAAGAAUAUUGGCCGCAGAAAUGUCAUUCCCAUAAUCCACGUUCGAGGAACGCACUACGACAUCGGCUUCGACAUCGGGCGCACCUUCGCCAAAAUAAUCCAAGAUUUCGUGGACAUCUAUCAAUCGCUGAACGAGAUCUACCUGCCGCUUUACGGAACCGAGGAGGGAAAGAAGAUUUAUGAUGAAACCCUUGAGGUAGUGAAGAAACAAUUUCCGCAAUAUUUGCGGGAGAUCGAGGGGACGGCGAACGGCGCGAAUGUGCCAUUUCAUAAGUUGUUCCUGAUGCAUCUGGACGACAUUCUUCCAAAUGUUGUCGGAAUGCAGGGAAACGCACUUCCAGUCGGUUGUUCAACCAUCAUGUGCAAUCAACCUGGACAUGAGAUUCUGGGUCACAACGAGGAUGCCCUUAAGGAAACCUUGAAUCACUGGUACCUGGUGAAUGCUCACGUAAUCGAGGCAGGCUACAGAGAGGAAAAGUUCACAUCGCUCUGCUACGCUGGUUUCUUACCGGGCUACACGAUGAGCUAUAAUCAUCACGGCCUCGUUUUCAGUAUCAAUACCAUCUCUGCCGCGGUCUUGCGAUCCGCCAAGACUCCGCGGUACUUCAUAACGCGGGCGCUGUUGGGCGUGGAGAACUUCGUGCAGGCGCAGCAGAUCCUGAGGAACGAGGGCUACGGCGCGGCGGAGGGCUUCUCGGUGAACAUGACAUUCCUCACGCAGGAGGGCGAUCGGAUGUUUCACAACGCCGAGGUGGGCCCAGCCGAGGUCGGCGCCGAUCGAUCGCGACUCAGCAUCCUGACCGUCAGCCCUGGUGAGAACACGUCGCAUUGCAACAGGUACCUACGCCUUAAGGUGGCGGAAAUUAAGAAAGCCAUGCUGGAAAGCAGCAUCAGCAGAGAGAAGACGAUUUCGAAAUAUCCGCCAAUAAAAAAUCGUCAGGACGUAAUCAGUGUACUUAGCGAUCAGACGGACAAGGAUUACAGGAUUUAUCGAGAGUACGACAGUGCUGGGGCUGAUGAUAGAGUCAAGACGAUUGCCACUGGCAUCUUUGACUGUGUUGAGCGUACGUGGUCCAUCUAUACAGAUAUGCCACGAUGCAACGAUCCGCUGUUGGUGAUACCUAUGCAACUCCGAGACUCCACCAUCCCGUAAUAUUGCAAAGUGUAGAAAUAAUAUUUGUUUCAUUCGCGAAAAUAAUUUACCGCAUUGACAUUACUAUGAUGAUGUAAUAUCAAUAAUCUUGAUAUAAAAAAGUAUGUAGCAUUUACAAUAGAUAUAAUAAAAAAAAGCUAAUGCAAUUUGUUUAAGAAAAUAUAAUCAAGAUAGAUUCGAAGAUACGUUCGAAGUUAAAAAAUGCGCCAUUAAACAUUUGCAAAGUGUCAGUGUUAGAAAAAGUCAUUCUGUUAAAUGUAAGUGAAAUUUUAUAAGUUAAAUAAAUUAAUCAUGCAAUACUUUUAUUAAAAUAAAUUGAUUAAACUUAAUUAGUAAUCAUCACGAUUGUAUUAAUUAAGGGAAAUAAAGGAAAACUCGGCGCUGUUCUAUUUCG